AUGUGGCUAUCAGCAGAAGCAACCACAAUUUUAGAUAAUGCUAUGAUCAGGAUGGAACAUUUAUACAAGACGGGUACAGUACAAAUUCGUCUACGACAUUUAAUGAAUGAGCAAUCUUACUUUGAAAUUAUAUAUUCGAUUGGCAAAAUACCAAUACAUAUCAAUACAUCAAAUGAAUCCAGUAAUGAUGAAGAAAACAAAGAAGUACAACAACAAGAGAAACUAACAUUCACAUUGUCAAUGGCUGAUAUUGACGAUCAUAAACGUCAAUUAACAUUUUGUAAUGUCGAUUUAAAGCAACAUAUGAUUGACAAAAAGAUAUUACUAGAAGAACAAUUAAAAUUAUUGGAUACUGUUGAAAAAAUUUAUUUAAUUCUUAUCAAACUAGAAAAAGCUGGUCAUCCAAAUUUUCAAUUGAAAGAAUACAAUUAUGAAAUCUAUGAUAAAUCUGGUAGAGUUAACAAAAUAUUAUGCGAUCUGAAAAAUAAUAAAGAUGGUAGUGAACAAGAACUUAAACGAGAAAUUGGAGAUCGAACAAAGUAUUUUGAAGCAAAACUUAAUAAACUCAAAGCUGAUUAUGAAAUAUGGAGAAGAGAUUUAGAAAGUUGUCGAAAUAAAAGUCCACUAUUAAAAUUAUUUUCAAAUCAUCAGGUUAUGAUCAUGUUCAUUUCGUUGACAACAUCAACAAAAGAAAAUCAAGUGCAACGCAAUUUUUUGGAGAAAAUAUUUUUAUUAAGCGAUCUCAACAAUAAAAAAGACGAACAAUUUAACUUAACUAUCCUCUGUUUAAUGCAUUAUUACCAAUCAUUGAGAAUCAAAGAUUGUAACUUAUCUAGAGACCAUAUAACUGUUCUAUAUAACAAAUAUAAAAUACAAUAUAGUGAUUCAAAAGAUGAAGAACUACAGUUACAAAAUUUACAAAACUUAUGUUAUUUUAUGGAUGACUUAUUCCAUAACGGAGAAGAGUUAUUAGUAAAAAGUCCAACGAUCAGUGAAAAUCAACAAUUUCUUAUCACAUUAAAUCCUCUAGAACGAACAAAAGAUAAAAUUAAAUUUGAGAAUGAUUUUGAUAUGGAUACAUUUUGUAUUCUUUUCAAUAUUUUUAAUGAUCGAUUACCAGCUGAUUAUCAAAUAUUAUGGUGUUCUGCCUCGACGGACGAUGAUAUUCGAUUAUUUUUCUCACGUGUACGAACUUUUCCGUAUUUGACAUUUGCCGUUAUGGAUAUUGAUAAAAUGCAUCAUCGACUUCGAGAAUUAUUAUUAAGUGAACAAGAUUCAUUAACAAAACAAUCUGAACGACAUGGAACAAUUUAUUAUUUUUCAAGAGAAUUAAUAUCGUCUAGAAAAGGUUUACGACCAUUCCACAUAAAACCACAAGAUCGAAAUCCAAUUCAAACUUAUUCACAAUUUAUGACAUUUUUACAAAAAAAUAAUUUUCCAUCACCACAAAUUCAAAUCAUAUAUGGAACAGCUGGAAUUGGAAAAACUCAUCGCAUCAAAACAAAAUAUAAAGAUCAUAAUACAUCAUGUGUAAGUAUCAAUGAUAGAUUAAAUCUAUCAUCAUUGAUUAGUACAUUUCUAUCAUUGGAAUCGAAAGCAUUAAAUAAUCAAUUAUCAAUUUAUUUUAAUAUUUCUAUUCAUGCACCUUUUCAACAAUUAAAUCAUGCGCUUUUUUCUUUAUUUGUAUGCGGUUCAUUAAAUGAUCUUAGUAGUGGUCUCACAUUUUCACCAUCGAUAAUAAAACCCUGGAAAUUUGUUAUUGAAGUUCCUUAUACAGAUAAAUGUAACAUAACGAUAAAACAAAAUGUUGAUCAAAUAUUACCAAUACUUUCGAUUAUCUCACCAAAUACUUUAGAAGAAGUUAGAGAUGAUAAUUAUGAAUUAUUUAUUGGUGACGAAGAAAAACUUGUUGCGACAUUUCUUAAAGCGUAUGAAAAUCAAACUAUUGAUCGUGUUUUAACACAAGAUUCUGAUAAUGAUAAUGUUGAGGAACCCGUGCAUUUCGAUUCCUUAACAGAUCCCGAUGAAUGCCGUGGCCAUAUUUAUACCUGUAUGGAAAAAUACGCAUCAGAAAUGCCAAGAAAUAAAAUUUUUGAACUUUCGUUUACUAAAUUUCUAUAUCGACGUAUUCGAUUUUUCACUGGAUUUUAUUAUUGCUACAAUAUGACUAUUCAAAAUCUCGGAUCAAUUACUAUGAAACAAAUGAUAAAGGAAGCAAAACAUCUCACUCAAAUAGACUUUUCUUCCAAUGAUUAUCCUCGUAUUUAUUUUGUCUACGACCCAGAAUUUUCAUUACAUUUAUUACAUAAUGAUUGGAGCACGGUUCCAUUUACUUUAAAAUCUCUUUUUGACUAUCGUGAUCCAUCAACAAGAAGGGAAUAUAGAAAUAAAAAUUAUUUUAUCGUAUGUUUAUCAUGGUUAAUGGAUAUUCGUUAUGAUGUAUUCGAAACAAUAAUGACUGAAGCAAAAUUUAUUUUAACAGAAAAUUUUACUUAUAAACUUUUUCAUGUUCAUGAAAGAAAAUUAACAAAAUUAGCUUUAAUUAUUGAAGGUGAAACAGGUGUUGGAAAAACUUUUCUUCUCAACUUCUAUUCUCUAUUACUUAAUUCCAAUGUAACAUAUGGUAAACUUGACAAUAGUAUUGCACCAAGAAUUCUUGAACGUACAAGUUUAUGGUUAGUGAAACAUAUUAUCAGUGAUAUUCAAGAAAAUGAACCUAAUUUAUUAAAUCUAUUCCUUCAACGAAUAGAACCAAAAUUACACGGUUUUGAAAAUACAAACGAUAAUGAAGAAGAGAAUUUACAAGAAGCUCCUUUUGAAGAAGAAGGUGGACAUACGAAUUAUCAACUUUUGCAAGAAAUAAAAAAAUCUUUACAAAACUUUGAAUAUAAUCAUAAUAUUUUACGAUAUAUAUGGGAAACAUUAAUAAUUACUGCCUCGCGUGAAAAUGCCGAUAAUGUUGUUAAAAAACUUUUUGUUGCAUUACAUAAGUUUGUAACAUCACAUUUAAUAAAGUUUCCAUUAAUUGAAGUUAGUUAUCAAUUACAAAAGUUAUUAGAAACACCACAUCUACCAACAGUAGCGAUAUCCAUUGAAAUUUUCAAGGAAUUUGUAGUUCAUACUCGCACUAAACCAUUAUUUUAUCGUCUUCUCUUACAUCCUGGUAUAACUGAAGAACAAAUCGAAAAGUUCAUGUUGCCUAUUUCUCAAUUAGCUGAACAGAUACCUAAUAUUGAAUUAGUUGUAUUUUUCGAUGAAGUUAAUACAUCUUCUUGUCUUGGUUUAUUUAAAGAAAUGUUUAUGGAUGGAACAUUACAUGGAAUUAGUUUACCAAAUAAUAUCUUCUUUACUGCAGCCAUUAAUCCAUCAAUAAAUUUUAAUAAUAAUUCUCAAAAACAUUGUCAUGAUGAUUUUCAAGUUCAUCGUCGGGAUUACAUUGUGCACGAAUUACCACAAGCUUUAGAUAAUCUCAAAGUUUGUUAUGGAAUAUUAGAUUCAAAAACAUUAAAAGACUAUAUCACACAAAAAAUAUCAACAUUUACCGUGACUUCGACAAGAGAUGCUCAAAGGAAAUCCCCAUUAGAGCAAUAUGCACAAGAAAUACUCACUCAAUCUAUCCUUAAUGCACAACGAUUUUGUGAAAUGCAUCUCGGACGAAAUUCUGUAUCACAACGAGAAAUUCAAAGAUGUUUUAACCUUAUUGACUUCUUUUGGAACAUGAAAUAUGAUGAAAAUGACAAAGAACCAGAUCCCAUACGAUGCAUUGCUUUAUCAUUAGCACUGAUUUACUAUUUUCGACUUCCAACACAUGAUAACGCACAACGAAAUGAUCAUAGUACACCAUCACGUGAACAACUCGGUGAACUUCUUUCUCAAUAUAUACCAGAUUUUAUUGAAACUAUUCAGAAUGCACUCGAAAAAUUUGUUAAUACUGAUAAUUUUACUAUUCCACAUGGAGUAGCUGUUAAUCAAGCUAUUCGUGAACAUAUCUUUUCCAUUGUUGUCAGUAUUAUCACUCGAACACCAUUAUGUAUCAUUGGUGCACCAGGUCAAUCAAAAACACUUUCAUUUCAAAUUGUUUUACAAAAUCUUCAAGGUUCUCAAUUAUCAACAAAAGAAUUUUGUAAACGUUUACCAGCCAUCGAUCCAUUCUUUUGUCUUGGAUCAAAAUAUAGUCGAUCAGAAGAUAUUGCAUGUGUAUUUGAACGAGCUAUCAAACGUGAACAACAAUACCAACAGAAUCGAAUAGAUACACGAUGUGUUGUUUUCUUGGACGAAGCCUCAUUACCUAAUGAGAAAAAGAUGGUAUUAAAAGUAUUACAUCCUUAUUUGGAUGAAUGUAAAGUGGCUUUUGUAGCUAUAGCUAAUAAAUCAUUUGAUGCCGCUAAUGCUAAUCGAAUGACUUGUAUUUAUCGAUCUUUACCAUCAAAAGAUGACCAAAAAAUAUUAGCAUAUGGUUGCCUUGGUCUACAAACCGGACAUGAACAACAAAAUGUCAAACAGCAUUGCGAUAGCAUUAUAAAUGGUCUUUGUCAAGGUUAUCGUCGAGUACUUUCGAGUGAAAAUAUUCCUAAAAUUUUUCAUGAUCGAGAUUUUAUUUAUAUGCUAAGAGAAUUGCGAUUUGAAUUAUCAAUGACAACAGACGAUGAAGAGACUAGCAUCACUACUAUAAAACCGAUAAGUUUAUUACGUGCCCUUGAAGAUAACUUUAAUGGAAUAAAACAAAAAGAAUUUCAAGAAUUAAUCGAGAUCUUUUUUAAAGCUGUUCAAGAAGAAUCUCCUAAUUUUCGUUUACCCAUCGAAGGACGACAACAAAAACUUUAUCGUGAUAUUCCAACUAUUCUUCAGGAUUCAAUGAAACUUGAUUCAAAACAUCGACGUCUUUAUGGUCGUUAUAAAUUAAUUAUCGAUGAAUCAGAAGACGAAAGUGCUAUUAAUCUUUUAUUACAAACAGGUAUUCUAGAUUCUGAUCCUACACGAACAUCUAUUUUUCGAAUGUCAGAUUUUUUUGAUGAUAUUAAUAAUGAAUUACGAAAUGUUGAAAUAUUAUCAACAAUUAAAUUAUGUAUGGAAACUGGCAAAACAAUUUUAAUGGUAAAUACAAGUCGAAUUCAUGAUUCACUCUAUGAUGUUUUUAAUCAAAAUUUUUCAAUAAUGGCAACAGGUGAUACGAGAAAGAUUUUUUCAAAAGUUGCUAUUGGUCCAAAAACAAUUGAUGUUGCUGUUCAUGAAGAUUUUCAAUGUAUUAUUCAUGUGAAACGAAGCGAAUUUGAACAUAUUCCAGCACCUUUCCUUAGUCGUUUUCAAAAAUAUUCAUUAAGUGUCAAUGAUUUCUAUCGUAUUCGGUUACAGAAACUUCUUAGAGAUGAGCAGACUAUUCUAAGAAAUAUCGAAGAAAAAGCUUUAUCAUUUAUUGAACAUUUUGGACGACAAUAUUUUUAUGGUAUGAAUGAAAGUACUCUUCAUUCAUGUCUUUUAUCAUUAAUCAAAAUCAAUGAAAAUGAAGAGCAUUCUUUAUUAAAUGUACAUCAAUAUUAUACACAAAUGACUAUUAAACGAAAAUCAUUUAUUGAACAAGAUUCUACUAAUAUUCAACAAUGUCUGUUUCGAUUAAUACUAUCAAAAUUGAUUCAACUUGUUUCACCUGAAUCAGUUAUAUUAAAAUUACCAACAUUUGAAGAAAAAGUUGAACAGUGGUUAUGUAACUUAUAUUUUCAACAACAAGAACAUUUUAAUUUAGGAAAUUUCAUUCAACAGUUAAUUUCAAAGCCAUUGCUUAAUAUUGACAACGAUAAGGUAUUAUCAACAGAAAAUACAGAACAACAAAUGCUGCCGAAUGCUAUUCAUAUAACAACAAAAGUUAUCAUAUUCACACGAACAUCAUCCUAUGUACUUGGCCUAAAUCAACAAUCAAAAAAUGAAUUAUUUACUACUAAUAAUAAUGAUGAUGAAGUUUCAAAUGAUAGUAAACAAAUAGAAAUUCUAAAUUUGAGCACAAUUGAAAAUUCUGUUGAAUUACAAUAUAGAUUUGAGACCUAUAAAAAUGAUAAUGAAAAACAUGUUGUAAUGAUCGUCAUUGAUGGUCGAAACGGACAACAACGUUUACAUAUUCCUUUUGUUCGACAAUUGAUUGAUAAAACUGAUUCUUCUUAUAAUACGAAUAAUCCUACCGAUCCAAAAUAUUUUCUUAUGAUUAUUCAUUCAUCAACACAAGAUAUAUAUCAUCAAUCAUGCUUUUCAUCGAUAUUUUUGCAUGACUGGGACUUUUAUUUUUUUGACACAUGUACGCCUGGUAGAGCUUUUUAUCUUCACAAAAUGCUACGAAUUUUAUCAUCGUCUCGUAAUGAUCAACAAUCACAAGUCCUGGACAAUGUGUUAUGUGAUUUGAACAUUCUCUUUGAAGAUUCUUUAUGGGAUUUUUGCUCUCGAAUUCAACUUCUUCUUCCUGAAUUGCCGUCAAAUAUGUUUGCAGAUGAAAUCGUUCAUAAAUUUUAUCAACGUCAAACAAAUACAAUUGGUCGUGUUAAAUGUCUUAAACACAUUUUUCAUCAAUCAACACAAUUACAAAAACAUAUUGUUAAUAUUUAUCAUGAAUAUUUAUUAAGAAAGGAAAAUUCUUCGAAAAAAAUUUACAGUUUAAUUUAUCAAAUUUCUAAAGAUAUUUUAUGUGGUAAACGUUUUGAUGGUCUUAUUGAUUCAAUUCAAUCACAAACACGAAAUUCAUUUACAAAUUUUGUUUCAAAUAUUUUUAAAUUUAUUGUUAAUGAUUAUGGAUUAGAAACAUUACCAAAAUUAUCAAUAGAUCAUGAUAUCUAUGGUUCAUUAUUAAAUCUAAUUGAUUAUCAAUCAUUUUUUGUUAAUGAUAAUAAAGAUAUAUUUUCUUCAACAAGAACACAAGAAAUAUUUCAAGUUAAUACUCAUUAUUCUUGUAUACCCCAAAUACCAUUGUUUCAUUUAUUUCAUCAACGUAUUAAAGCCCAUGCAGACGAGAUCAAAUUAACACUUAUUCUUAAAUUAACAAAUCAUCAAGGUUAG